GCCCUGCCGGCGGCGGCUGCCCAGGCUCCGGACUCGGGGAGAGAGAGCGAGAAGUAGGAGCAGGAGGAGGAGGAGAGAAAGGAGAAGGAAAGGAAGGAGGAGGAAGAGGAGGAGGAGAAGAGCUGGGGAGGCGCUCUGGUCGCCGUCAGUGGGCAGCGGAGACGCGGCAUGCCCCUGGCAGGAGAGAGCGGGCUGUCCUCAACAGAGCCAUGGGGACCUGUGCUCUGACAAUGCCUGGGUGAGAGGAGCAGCGCCAGCCACCCCGCCACCUCCACCAUCACCUCCUGCACUCAGCUCACCACCGGCCACCGGCCCCAGACUCCUCCGACUGCCUCUCGCUGUCUCUCUCUCCCCCCCUCCCUCCCUCUCUCUCUCUCUGCAUUAUUGUUUCCCACUCUACAGAGGAUGGGGUCGGCAGAUGAUUAGGUCGGGAGCAAGUCAGAUCUUCCUCCAAAGCCUGGUAAUAUUUAUGUAGGCAAAAAGAGAGAGAGAGAGAAAAGAGAGGGAGAGAGAGGGAGAGAGGGAGAGAGAAGAAACGGGAGGAGGGGAUAAAGAAAUUAAACCCUUUAAGUCAAUGCAUAUUGUGGUGACACCGGCACAGGAGCCCUCACAGUGGAGUCGGCCAGGGCUGUGCGUUCCCAAAAUAUGACCAGGGGUGCUUGGAUGUGUCGGCAGUAUGACGACGGCUUAAAAAUCUGGUUGGCAGCACCCCGGGAGAACGAGAAACCGUUCAUCGAUUCAGAGAGGGCUCAGAAAUGGCGACUGUCUCUGGCAUCUCUCUUGUUUUUCACAGUCCUGCUCUCUGAUCACUUGUGGUUCUGCGCCGAGGCCAAGCUGACCCGGACCCGGGACAAGGAGCAGCAUCAGCAGCAUCAGCAGCAGCAGCAGCGGCAGCAGCAACAGCGGCAGCGGCAGCAGCAGCAGCAGCAGCGGCAGCGGCAGCAGGAGCCCUCCUGGCCCGCGCUCCUGGCGAGCAUGGGGGAGUCCUCACCCGCCGCCCAGGCACACAGACUCCUCUCCGCCUCCUCAUCCCCCACCCUGCCCCCCUCCCCGGGAGACGGCGGCGGCGGCAAGGGCAACCGAGGCAAAAACAACCGGAGCAAGGCUCUUUUUCUAGGAAACUCCGCCAAACCCGUGUGGCGCCUGGAGACUUGUUACCCCCAGGGCGCCUCCUCGGGCCAGUGCUUCACGGUGGAGAGCGCGGACGCCGUGUGCGCUAGGAACUGGAGUCGGGGGGCGGCGGCCGGGGCGGAGGAGCAGCAGGUGAGGGGGACGCAUCCAACUCCGCUCUGGAACUUGUCGGAUUUUUACCUUUCGUUUUGUAAUUCCUACACACUUUGGGAGUUGUUCUCGGGGUUGUCCAGUCCCAACACUUUGAACUGUAGUCUGGAUGUGGUGCUCAAGGAGGGCGGCGAGAUGACCACUUGCAGGCAAUGCGUCGAGGCUUACCAAGACUAUGACCACCACGCUCAGGAGAAAUACGAAGAGUUUGAAAGUGUGCUCCAUAAAUAUUUACAAUCGGAGGAGUACUCGGUGAAAUCGUGUCCUGAGGACUGUAAGAUUGUCUACAAGGCCUGGCUGUGUUCCCAGUACUUUGAAGUCGCACAGUUGAACUGCAGAAAGACAAUUCCUUGCAAGCAAUACUGUCUGGAGGUUCAGACGAGGUGUCCGUUCAUCUUGCCCGACAACGAUGAAGUCAUCUACGGGGGCCUCUCCAGCUUCAUCUGUACAGGGCUCUACGAAACCUUUCUAACCAAUGAUGAACCAGAAUGCUGUGAUGUCAGGAGAGAGGAGCAAUCAAGCAGCCCAUCCAAAGGGACGGUGGAAAAAAGUGGCUCCUGUCACAGGACGUCGCUCCCAGUUUCAUCAGCAACAAGACUGUGCAACAGCAGACUCAAACUGUGUGUUCUUGUACUGAUUCUCUUACAUACAGUUCUCACAGCCUCGGCAGCACAGAACACGACGGCGCUGAGCUUCGGAGGCAUCAACACGCUGAAAGAAAGCUCGACCAACGAGGAGUAAGGGAAGGACAGCGUCCCCAGAGCCGCAGCUGGCCCACCACGACAACGCAGCUGCUGUCAGAUGCGACAGAGACGGGGUGCCUUUACCCUCCAGUCACUUCUUGCAAGGCCUUUAGGGUAAAAUUUAAAAAGAUGGGCCUGAAUCCCAACAAGGACACAAACACAGCUUUUUAUUGACUAAAAGGCUGUCGAGUGACUUAAAUUUCUCACACCAUUUUAUACACUGUGUUUUAAUGUUUGGAGGUUUUAUUUGCUUUCGUUUUGAUUUGGGUUUAUUUGUUUAUUUUUUGCACUUGUUAAUACAGGAUUUAUUUUUGGGGAUGGUUUCUCAGAGGUAAACUAAGUCUUUUCACUGUCUCUCUCUCUAUAUAUAUAUUUCUAGUCAUUGUGUGUGUUCAUCAGAUAGUUCUGUCUCUACGUCCUGUCAGUUUCUAUUAGAGGAAUGAUUGCUAUGACCUCACGGUAUAGCAAAAAACAACAAAAAAAUCAUAAAAAAGAAAAAAGACAAAAAAAAGAAAACAGAAAAUAAAAACAAAAAAAUUCCCUAACUCUCCUCCUCCCCACGGAACCGACGCCCUCCCGGCCCGUCCUCCCUGGCCCUCUUCUCUCCCCUCAGCAGACAACAUCGCUUGCUUCUGUCCGUGUAGCCACAGUGAGUGGGCGUGCACGCUCUGGGGGGCCUCUGAGCCGCUGUUGCACAAACCCGCAACGGAGCAGAACAAGGGGGGUCCUUUUUAGCUGAACAAGUGCUCUCCAUAGUAGAUGGAAUCAGACAGUUAACACAUUUUUAUGUCGAAAACAAAAUGAAAGCAAAGAAAACUACCAGGAGCUCUGUUGCUCCAGCUCCCGUUCCCCCAGGCCCAGUCCUUUCUCUCUGGUCGGGUGGCUCGGAGCGCCGCCUAGCGUCGGGAUGUGAAGAGGUAGCAGGCCCUUCCUGGGGGACUGCAGUGGGCUUUCGUUGCAAUUUCAGUUCUGUUGCAGUAAUUUAGGAGCACAUUUUGGCCAUUGGAAUGGGAACAAAGAGACUGAGGACACAAAUCUGGAUUUCUUUUGCCUCCUUUAUUAUUGUGGAGGAGAUCGUAGAGAUGCUGAAACACCUGCCCUAUACAGAAUAUAUACAAUUUUACCCCAGUAUUUCCCCAACAUAUGGUUUUAAAUUAUUCCAGGUAUAAAGUGUAUGCAAUUCUGCAUUAUCACACAAGAGGAACUUCUUUAAA